CAUCAUUAGCUAGCAGGUUAGCUUGCUAAUUGGCGGCACCUUGCAUGCUAACAAGAAGCAAACAAUGUCAACUGUCGGCCUCUCCAAACAUUUAGGAAUAAUUUCCACGCGCGUCUUGCUUCAAAGUGGUUUUGGGGGAGGUUGCAAGCACGUCAACUUUCUUAAAUGGCUUCAGCCGGCGCUGUGCGGUAGUGGUUAGCACGUCUGCCUCACAGCGGAGAGGUUGUUGAGGUUCGAAUCUGUCGCGUGUUCUUUGCACGUUGCCCUCGUGCUCGCGUGGGUUUUCCUCCGGUUCCUGCCAACUUCCAAAAAGGAAACGCACAAAGUGUACAAGCAAAAACUGGACGAGCUGACCAAUCUUCAGGCGACGUGCAGCGGCGCCAUCGGAAAGCAAAGGAAGCGCCUCAAAGAGCUGACGUGCGGCCUGAGCAAGUGCGCACGAGAGUGCGAUGAAAAACAUUUGCAAGUGGUGGCGGACAUCCAAAGUCAAAUCAAAGAGAAGGAGAACGUCUUCUUCGACAUGGAAGCGUACUUGCCAAAGAAAAACGGAUUGUACCUGAACUUGGUCCUGGGCAACGUGAACGUGACGCUCCUCAGCAACCAGGCAAAGUUCGCCUACAAGGACGAGUACGAGAAGUUCAAGCUUUACAUGACCAUCAUCCUCAUGUUGGGGGCCAUCUCGUGUCUGCUGGUCCUCAACUAUCGCGUCACCGAUGAAAUCUUCAACUUUUUGCUGGUGUGGUACUACUGCACGUUGACCAUCAGGGAAAGUAUCCUGAUGAGCAACGGCUCCAGGAUCAAAGGCUGGUGGGUUUCCCACCAUUACGUGUCGACUUUUCUGUCGGGCGUCAUGCUCACCUGGCCCGAGGGGCCCACGUACCAGAGGUUCCGAAGUCAGUUCUUGGCGUUCUCCAUCUACCAGAGUUUCGUGCAGUUCCUCCAGUACUACUACCAAAGCGGCUGCUUGUACAGGCUGCGGGCACUCGGGGAGAGGAAUCAGCUGGACCUCACAGUGGAUUGUUUUGUGUCCGUAGAGGGAUUUCAGUCGUGGAUGUGGAGAGGCCUCACCUUCCUUUUGCCUUUUCUCUUUUUUGGCCACUUUUGGCAGCUGUACAAUUCGGUGAGCCUGUUCCGCUUGGCCCGACGCGACGACUGCAAGGAGUGGCAGGUGUUGACGCCUGCUCCCGACGCUGCGAGGGUUCGAAUCCGCGCCGCUGCCGCAGGCCGUCACCGACGUCCACUUUGCUGCUCCAUCCUUUUUUCUCGUCCGCUCUCGGUGGUUCUGCCCCCUCGCGGUAGCGUCCGCCGGGACGUCUCCAUCUACUUGGCGAGAUCUCUUCCUCGGGAAAACGGUGUGACAAACUCACCGAUUUGCUGAUUAUUAUUUUCAGGAACGGCAGGGCUGUCGUUUGAGUUUCUUCCGUUCCGUCACCAUUUUUUUGGUAACUCGGAUCAACUUUCUCCGUUCGGAAGGAAUCGAAAUGCUCUUCUUCUCUUCCGGCCUUCCCAACAAAGACUCCAAAUUAAUUUUUCAUCCCCGCCGUAUUGAACUGAACCAGCUGCUUUUCCUUCAUUGAUGAAUCUUUUCUUUUUUGGGAAUUUUCUUUUCAUGUACGGCACUUUGGAAGUUCUUUGAAUGGCCUUUGCCCGGCGUCCUAAUCUUAAAAAACUCCUUCCGCUCCAGUCUAGUACAUACAUAUCAUAGAAUUAUUAGACGUCCAGUACUUCUUCUCCUUCAAGUCAGUUACACGCACACGUCACUUGUGUUUUUCAACUUAAAUUCGUCUGCUGCUUCUUCUCGACACUCACUGCGUCUCGUCUGACCGACAAUUUGAAUAAAUAAAAUUGGACAAAUUAUCUGAACAGAUCAAAGUGGAAAUGCGAGUAGAAGACACCACAAAUUGGUGGGCGGAUGUUGUGAAAUGUACUGCCGCCCCCUAGUGGCUGAAGUCCAAAAUGGACCGAGCGAGGGCUCGCUGUGCGGGAGUGAGUUGAGGAGCUCCGCUCACUCCAAAGUAGUGCUUUGCGACCACCCGGUAGCAUUUAUAGGCAAAUGUCAACUUUUGGCGUGCGUUCACUGUACUGUGAUCCAAACGUUCUGAAAUGUCCAACUCGAAAUCGGCGCCGCAUACGUCAACUUCGCAACUUUUACGUUGUUAGCACGUUAGAUGAAUCGACUUUCAUGUGUUUUAGUUCUUCAAGGUUUCUUUCACCACGUGAAUGUCUGCGUUAUGAGGUCAUGUUGCACAAAUAUAAAUGUACAUGUUUUUUUUCUUCCAUCAGUACUGUAAACAUUGUCACGUAGAACGAGGAACGGAUGGGAACAGUUUUCUUAAUAGCAAUUGAAUAUUUCUAUCAAUUAAAGUCAGUUCAAGGA